GGUUUCACCUCGCUCUCGACACCGAACGUGUAAAUCGAAUCUGUCAGGAUCAGGAUCAGCAUUUCCGCGACUCCCUCAAGCGAUGACUCGGUGACGCGGCUCCCUCGCUCUCUCUCUCUUUUUCUCUCUCCUUUCCCGGCUCCAUGGCUGCGCUCUCAAACAUCAUCCUCGCCCUGCGGCAGGAUCAGAAGAUUCUGCGCGCGGUGCCGGCACUGUCGACCAUCUUGACCGUCAUAGGCAUCGGGUGGCUCUGCCUUCUCCCCUUGAACGAGUAUUCGCGCCGGACGUACGUGAGCGAGAACGCGCUGCUUCCGGGCCAGGUCCACACGUAUUUUGGCGGUUCAGAGCACAAUGUGUUCCGGGCGUACAGGCACGAGGUUGCCGCCCUCGAGCAUGUUCCUGAUGCCGAGCGAGUGGCGCGCACACGGGACAUCUUCAAGAGCCAGGGCCUCAAGGUGGCGACGCAGCAGUACAACUACACGGCUGGCGGCGGCAGCAUAAAGGCCGGAGAGAACGUGUACGCGGUGCUGCGGGGCCCCCGGGCGGACGCAACGGAGGCGAUGGUGCUCAUCGGCGCGUGGAGAAACAUGAAGGGCGACGUCAACUACAGCGGCGUGGCUCUGGUGCUCACGCUGGCGCGCUACUUCUCGCGCUGGUCGCUGUGGUCGAAGGACAUCAUCUUCCUCAUCACGGGCGACAGCACGGCCGGCUCGCAGGCCUGGGUGGAUGCCUACCACGACGCGCACAACCCCGUCUUCGUCGCGCCUCUGCCCCUGAAGAGCGGCGCGCUGCAAGGCGCCGUCGCCCUCGACUACCCGGCCGGACCGUGGGGCCACCGCUUCGACAAGCUGCACGUCGUGUACGACGGCAUCAACGGGCAGCUGCCGAACCUGGACCUGUUCAACACGGCCGUCAACAUAGCGAGCGGGCAGAUGGGCAUCCAAUGCACGCUCCAGCGCAUGUGGGACCACGACGACUCGUACGCGGCGCGUCUGCAGACGAUGCUGCGCGGCAUGCUGAACCAGGGCCUCGGCCACGCAACCGGCCCGCACAGCAGCUUCAUCCCGUACCACGUCGACGCGAUCACGCUGCAGACCGUCGGCGACGGCUGGCACGACGAGAUGAGCCUCGGCAGGACGGUCGAGGGCCUGUUCCGAAGCCUGAACAACCUGCUCGAGCACCUGCACCAGAGCUUCUUCUUCUACCUGCUUAUGCACUCGAACCGCUUCGUCAGCAUCGGCACCUACCUGCCCAGCGCCAUGCUCGUCGCCGGCAGCUUCACCAUCAUGAGCAUAGCGCUCUGGGUCCAGAGCGGCCGGCCCGCCGCCCCUUCGUCCGCGCCGCCCGCGUCGUCCUCGCCGACGGGGGCGUCCACCCCGGCCGAGAAGGCGCCGCUCGUCGCCGCUCCCGCCAAGAACGGGCACGGCCCUACGCCCGCCGCCGCACAACUCUCCGUGUCGGAGCGCCACCUCUUCCUCCCCAUGAUCCUCCUCACCGCCUUCCACUUUCUGGGCCUACUCCCGCUGUACGCCUUCAACCACCUGCCGCUGUCCGCGCUCGAGCGCGCGUUCGGCGUCUUCGCCGUCGUCACCCUGCCCCUCCCGUACCUCGUGGCCGCCGCGCUCCCCCGCCUGCUGCGCCGUCCCUCCGCCCAGGAGCUCACGCUGCUGCAGUGCUUCGCCCUCAUGCUGACCGGCCUGUUCCUGUCCGCGCUCGCCACGCUCAACUUCAGCCUCAGCCUUAUCGUGGGCCUGCUCAGCGCGCCCUUCUCCUUCGUGCGCCCGCUUCCCACGGCCCGCCGCCCCUCCAGCCUGCCUCGCAACCUGGUCCAGGUCCUCGCCCUGACGGCGCUGUCGCCGCCCGUCGUCAUCGCCGCCGCCGCCUCGCUCUCAGGCAUCGACGGCCUGGCCCUCGGCGACGUGCUCAACAUGGCCAUGACAGGCUGGUGGAUCCACGGCUUAUGGACCAGCCUGGUCGUCUGGCUCGUAUGGUGGCCGUCGUGGUUUGCCGUCAGCUUCCUCGUCGGAUGCGGUUUGUUCGCGUAGUCGGAAUGCACAACUCCCUCCCGCACAACGUGUGCCCGGCCGGGAGAAAAGAGAAGGGAAUGAAAAAGGGGGGAGAAAAGAAAAGAAAAGAAGAAGAAGAACCAAAAAAAUAAGGCGUAAACACAUUCAUCCGGCGUCCCUACCUAGACUCGAGUAGAAACUUGAGAGAAAUGUUAAGGAUUCGUGGUGCAACGAUUUGAGAAACUGAAUAGUUAGAUACCACCAAAAAAAAAUUAAUUUUUUUUAAUAUUUUUUUUUUUUAAAAAAAAAAUGGAACAAGACCAAAAAAAAAGGUGGCAAAAAAGUUGGGCGGGAAAAAAAAAGGAAACGAACCAUACACAUUGUCAUGUUCUACGCCAGAUCUCACGAACCGAGAGAUGGAAGGAGAAUCCUAUGUACUUGUGCAACAGCCAAAACAGCGCAGAGUUUCAUCAUCUCAGUCUUUGGAAGCGUAUCCCAGCACAAAGAGAGAGAUGCACACAAACACAAAAACACACACACACACACACACACUCACAUAACAAUAUAAAGAAAAAGUUUCACUCUUCGUCCUCUUUUUUUUAUUUAUUCGGUUUCCCCCGUCCCUCUCUGUCUCUCUCUGCAACCGGCUUUUUUUUUCUCUUG